GCCGAUACCGACCUCCCGACCAACGAGAAUGCGAUCGAUGCGAAUGCAGUGACCGAGAAACCUGAUAUGUCCAUCAAGACGGUCGACUUUCAUGAGAAUAUGUGAAUGUCGAAUGAUCAGCACGAUCAUCAUAUACUUGACUGACUCUAUUGUCUCAAAGGUCAAGCACGUCGGAGCAGGCCCCGGACAAUGGGAUCGAGCCGAAUAACACGAACGAGAAUCCAGCGGUGUCCAUCGAAGGAAGCCUGGCUAAGAAUAUGUCAGACACGCUGGGGCACAUUCUCGAUGUCCUUAAAGGGUCAACGAUCGCUGAAGAACGCGGAAAAGAUGACAAUUCAAAGUUUUGGGCGACGUACAAGAAAGUUUCGACUGAGUACGACGACGACUUCCUCGGGCGGGCCAAUGACGAUAUGGGCAUUAUUCUGACAUUUGCUGGUCUAUUCUCCGCUGUCAACUCCACCUUCAUCGUCGGGAUGCAGCCUGAUCCAGGCGACACUACCAAUGUCCUCCUCCUCUAUCUAAUUCAGAUGACUGUCAACGGCCCAAAUUCCGUACCUGACAUCAGCACUCUUUCCUCAUCUACGGGAUAUUCCUCUUCGACUGUGUGGGUACAAACACUUGCCUACGCUAGUCUCUCAUUUAGCGUCUUGGCCGCGUUCGGGGCUGUCUUGGGCAAACAAUGGCUGAACUCCUACAAGUCAGCUCGAGGACGAGGGACGCUCGAAGAGCGCGGAAUAAAGAGGCAGAUGAAGCUAGACGGAGUAGAAUAUUUUCACCUGCAGACCGUCUUGCAAGCAUUUCUGGUACUACUCCAGAUUUCGCUCCUACUCUUCGGCCUCUCGCUAAGCGCCAACAUGUGGGCCCGGCAAACCACGAUAUCCAGCAUCAUCAUCUGCACUACAGCUUUCGGCGUCCUCUUCUACGUGGGCACUAUCCUCGUGUCGGCAUUGCAUUCGGACGGUCCUUUCCAGGUACCAGGGCCAGGGUUAUUUACGGCUAUCUGCAAAAAAAUUCUUCCAAACAAAUCUCGUCUCACAUUCGGCAAAUCGUCUGCCAUUCGCUGGAUACUAGAGACAUCGACGA